AGGAGUCAAAAGCAAAAUGGCGUUUGACGGAGAAGACCUUAACGUGGCCACUGGCCAUUAUUGUUUCUGUAUUUGUAUUUAGUGCAUACAUGUACGCAUAUAUGUCGUGUAGUUGAUGAAACAUUGUUAGUCAUUGUUUGUAUCCGGAUACAUUAGUCGGAGCGCACUUUAUCGCGUCUUGUGCUCGCUUAGCUUGUUAGCUGCUAACAAAGAGACGCGGACGUUAUCAACACAUCGCUAAGUAGAGAUCAAAUGUGAGUGUAAAGUGUUGUGAUUGUGUGAAAAUGUGCGAAAGAACGAUAGUAAAGUAUGAGGAGGAACUUUGUCCAACAAAAGAGGAGAAGGAGCGACAACAUCAACUACUGGACGCUGUUUUCAAGAAACAUCAAGUUGUGUUACACACAACAGACGUCCAGCAGCCCCUCCACAUUAAAGAGGAAGAUCCACAGCCCCCCCACAUGAAAGAGGAAGAGGAGGAAGUGUGGGUCACUCAGGAGGAUGAUGUCAGCAAGUUUCCACUGACUGUUGUCUCUGUGAAGAUUGAAGAGCAUGAAGACAAAGCACCUGAGUCCUCACAGCUUUAUCACAGUCCAAAUGUCUGUGAAGAACAACUUCUGCCUGAAAAACAGGAGUGUAGCUUCAGGAUGGUGAAGGAGGAUCCAUCAAAGAGGAAGACCAGGCACCACGGACCCUCUGGGGUAUCCUUUUCCUCUUUUACACAGACCCUUCUCUGUAAAAAGGAAGAGGAAGACUCACUGAUGCCCCACCUAAAAGAGGAAGAGGAGGAACACAGCGUUAGUCAGGAGGGAGAUCCUAUUGAAGGACUGGUGGAGUUCCCAGUGACUGGUGUCCCUGUGAAGAGUGAAGAUGAUGAGGUCAAAGGUGAAAGUGAGGAGAAGAGAGAGGCGGAGCCUCCAAGCAGCAGCUCAACACAACACAUGACAACAGAAGCUGAUGGAGACCACUGUGGAGGAUCACAAGCAGACAAGAUGUUUGCUCCACUAUCAGAUAGUGAGGACACAACGUCACACUCUCCUGACACUGAUGAUGAAGAUGCAACAUGUCACACUCCCUUCAAAUGUUCUCACUGUGACAAAACCUUCAACUGCAAUAGUCGUCUUAAUAGACACAUGAGAACACACACUGGAGAAAAACCGUUUUCCUGCUCAGAAUGUGGUAAAUGUUUUACAGUAAAUCAGAGUUUAAAAGUCCACAUGAGAAUACACACUGGUGAAAAACCUUUUUCUUGCUCAAUCUGUGGUGAAGGUUUUGCAAACAGUUCGUAUUUGAAAAAACACACAGCAGGACACACAGGAGAAAAACAUUUUAUUUGUUCAUUCUGUAGUAAAGGUUUUGUUCUAAGUAAAGAUUUGAACGCACACCUGAAAACACACGCUGAAGAAAAACCUUUUUCCUGUUCAAUCUGUGGUAAAGGUUUUGUUCUAAGUACCAAUUUGAAAGUACACAUGAGAGGACACACUGGUGAAAGACCUUUUAUCUGUUCAAUCUGUAGUAAAGGUUUUGUUACAAGUAACAAUUUGAAAGGACACAUGAGGACACACACUGGUGAAAAACCUUUUAUCUGUUCAAUCUGUGGUAAAGGUUUUGUAGAAAGUAACCAUUUGAAAAGACACACGAGAACACACACUGGUGAAAAACCUUUUAUCUGUUCAAUCUGUGGUAAAGGUUUUGUAGAAAGUAACCGUUUGAAAGUGCACAUGAGAUCACACACUGAUAAAAAACCUUUUUCUUGUUCAAUCUGUGGUAAAGGUUUUGUUACAAGUAACAAUUUGAAAGGACACAUUAGAACACACACUGGUGAAAAACCUUUUUCUUGUUCAAUCUGUGGCUUAUCUUUUCAAAGGAAGGGACAUUUGGAAAGACACAAGAGAACACACACUGGUGAAAAAUCACAUUCCUGUUCAAUCUGCAACAGAAGCUUUUGUGAACGAUCAAACCUUGUAACACACAUGAGAACACACCCAGGAGAGAGAGUGUUGAGUUGCAGUGUGUGUGCUGAAAGAUUCACUUAUGAGUACCAGUGUAAGAAACACAAGUGUGCUGGUGAGAACAGCAGCAGCAAAUGAAAUAAACUGUCAAGACUUUAAUGUUGACUUUCUAACAACAUCAGCACAUAUAACAUGUGUGACAUUGUUGUUUGCUUUUUAAUAUGCCUCUACAUUUAUAGAUGAGAUAUUUUUUAUUAGUGCUUUUUCAGUCAAGUACAUGCAUUAAUAUGCAACAUUGUGUACAUCAAAAAAUGAACCGAACAAUUUGACUGAAAAGGUGAAAGUAAACAGUCAAAUAAACAUUUUUUGUGUAUAUAUAUUCAUAAUAAAAUUUUAGACGUAUUCAUAAGUGUUCAAUAGGUGUGUGAAAUAUUGAAAUAUUACAUAUUUCUAAUUGUUAAUGAUCCCAUAGAUUAGCAGCUUUAUAUGAUAUACAUAUGUACUGGUUCACAUCAGGAAGCAUAUUAUUAUUUACUUUACACAUCAUUUGAACUUAUCCAAUUUUAAAAUGUGUGACUUUAUGAUUUAUUUGUUGGGUCUGUAUAAUCCAUUUUAUUAAUGAUCUAUUACUCUCUUUUGUAAUAUGAUGAUUGUUUUGUGAUGGUUUUAUAUGUAUGUCCCGAGACCUUUAUGCAAUAAAAAAAUGUGUGAGAAAAUGGCUGAAUUGUUUUACA